GAACUGCUUUCCUAAGGGCGCGUCAUUCGAGAAUCCAGAAAUUACCCUUUUCUUCAUUUUUUGCUUGUUUUUUAUGGCUGGUAAAGUGGUGAAACAGCUCGCUGGUAGUGGUACCGGCCAGAGCUUAUCUGAUAUGAUGACUGCUGUAAAACAUACAUUGUCUGGAUCCCUCGUGGCAAAAAUUAUUUGCAAAGCGACUACAGAGGAGAUGAUGCCUCCUAAACGGAAACAUCUGGCCUACCUAGUUCAGUGCACCUUCGAACCUCGGUUAUCAAUCCCCGAUUUCGCCAACUACCUUGUCAGCAGAGCCCAACAUAGCAACUUGGUGGUUGUUUUCAAGGCAUUCAUCACCAUACAUCACUUGAUGCAGUAUGGACACGAGCGUUUCUCGCAGUAUAUAGCUUCGAACAAUUGUCAUUUCUACCUGCCGAGCUUCAGUGAUCGAACUUCAUCCCUAGCUCAUGGUAUUCUCGCAUUUGUUCGGCCCUACGCAAAGUAUUUGGACGGAAAAGCCGCCUCUUAUCGAGAAAUCGCGUUCGAUUUGUGCCGCGUCAAGCUUGGGAAAGAGGACAGUGGCAUUCGCACUAUGCCUCAGACCAAGCUGUUUAAGACUAUCCCUGUGAUCGAGAAGCAAUUGGACACCCUCAUGGCCUUCGACGCAACUUCAAAUGAAUUGGUCAAUUCCGUUCUCCGCGUGGCCCACUUGCAUCUGUAUCGCGAUCUAAUCCGCUUAUAUGCUGUCUAUAAUGAAGCUAUGAUAAAUUUGAUUGGUCGUUACUUUUCCAUGUCCAAACGGGAUUGCAAGCUUUCGUUGAACAUCUACAAAUCUUUCGUGAAACGGAUGGAUUCCAUGAACACAUUUGUUAAAAUCGCAGAGUCCUGCGACACCGCUCUGUCACAGCCCUUGGGUGCGGAUUGCAUCACUUUCCAGCCGGUUCCAUCGUCAGUCUUGGAGGCAUUGGAACAACAUUUGGUAAACUUGGAAGGUCAAAAGGGAUCCGACAGUCAAGCCCCUACAUCUCAGUCUUCGAACAAGUUGAGUGCCAACAAAUCCUCCUCAAGCUCCGGAACAUUCGAUAGCGCCCAUACCGUUUGUGAUGACCAAAUUACCGGUGAUCCAAUCACGUCCAGUCCCUUCGCGUUGACAGAAGCGGAACGACAACGCAUUAUCGAGGAGGAACGGGCACGCCUCGAAUCUUUUGUGUCCAGUGCACGAAAGCAAGCUAUUUCAAACACGGAAGCCGAAAUGCGAACUACGGAGUCACAACUGCAGCGGCUAUGCACUGACGCCGAUUUUGUUGAUCUACUUAACGCUUCUGAUUCGGAAUCGGUGGUACCAACAUCCUCCUCGCUGUCCGUCUGGUCUACGACUGACGCUCAACCCUCAUCUGCUGGCAACACUUCGAAGGCAUGGUGUACCGACCAGCUGGUUCAACCAGCUACCGGUACCAAGGAUUUGACAUUGCUUGAUCCCUUCGCUAUCGUUCAGGAUAAAACCACUCCUCCAGCGUCCACCACUGCUCAUCCACCAAUUGCUUCGGCUUCAUCGAGUAACCCUUUCGUGCAGAACGUGCCUUUUGUCAACCAGCCUCUUGUUUCAAAUGGUUUGUUGCCUACUUUUAACAUGUGGAACUGUCGCCCUUCGCAAUAUGCGCCAUUCGGCCUGCCUACCCACAGUGCCACAAGCUCUUCGAACCCUACUUCUGAAGCUAUUCAAGCUUCUGAUUUCCAGACCAAUCCCCUGGAUGCCAGACUCGCACAACUAGCUGGUAAUCUUUCCAUCGGUUCGGAUAUAAAAGCUCCUAAAGAUGUCUACCGGGCCCCCGAUGGCACCAUGACCGCAGUCAAUUGGACUGGAUUUGGAGCUCCAUCUAGUCAGACUGGGCCAAUACGUAACUCAGCUUCACUAAAUCAACUCACUGGACCCACUGUCCCUCCUGCUGCGAGAUCCACCAAUCCAUGGGCUUACAACGGAUUACCCACUUUCACAACACCCUUUGUUGCUCCAACCGGUCCUUGGAAUUCUGCUAUUGGUCUCACCGCAGGUUUCACUCCUCAAACUUCAGCUUCACUAUCAAGUGCCACGUUCCUUUCAGCCUCUGCCGGAUGUGCAACGCGUCCGACCAAUCCAUUUUUGUGAUCUGUUUGCUACUUCCUUGGAGCUGUAUGUCUCGUUGAGCAAAUAAUCGGCCUCCAACACCACCACCUCCGCUGCCACUAUCGCUCACCUAUAAUCUAAGAAAUGAAACUUUGACUUAUCGUUUAUCUUUUCCGUUGCCCUCUGGCAUUUUUGGGCUGUCACAGAUUGAGUUGACCAGUUUCCGUUAUGUUAUUAUAUUUAUCCAUUCCCCUCGGUAUGUUCGUUUCUGAGCGUGUUUUUCUCUUAAGGUCAGAUCGCUCCGUCGCCACCAACUUACCACUGUCUUCGCUUCAUUUGUUGUCCUUCUCCGGUUCCGUUGGCUCUGUAUUGUCCUCUUCUACUCUCAGCUCACUUCCUCGCCCCUGUCCACCAUGCCAGGUCAGUAGCACCCGCGAAUUGAUGCGUACCUUCCUUAUGCACUUGACAAAACGUUACACUCCAUUUGUUCCGCCGGUCUUUUCGUCUACUCACUGCGUCCAUGCUCUUCCAAAUGUGCUCGCCCCCCCCCAUCUCGAUUGUCUCUCAUUUCACCACUCUACCUUGCACAGAUUCUGAAAGAGUUGGUUUCGUCUAUUGGCAUCUUCUUAAUUCGGUCCAAUUUUAGAUUGAUUUAAUCAAUGAAUCUCAUUGUUGGUAAUUUCACGGGACGUUUCCCGUUAUGCGAGUAUCAAUAGGCCCAUUGCUACUCGG